GCAGCGUCACCCUUUAUACCAGAAAAUUGGUGGGCACUAUGGGGAAAAAACAAAACAAGAAAAAAGUGGAGGAGGUGCUAGAAGAGGAGGAAGAGGAAUAUGUGGUGGAAAAAGUUCUCGACCAUCGAGUGGUAAAGGGCAAAGUGGAGUACCUCCUCAAGUGGACGGAGUUCUCAGCAGAAAAGCCUCGAGGCUUUGCGGGUUUGGAGCCUGAGCUGAUUAUUGGAGCUACAGACUCCAGUGGAGAGCUCAUAUUCCUGAUGAAAUGGAAAAACUCUGAUGAGGCUGACCUGGUCCCAGCCAAGAAAGCCAAUGUCAAGUGCCCCCAGGUCGUCAUAUCCUUCUAUGAGGAAAGGCUGCCGUGGCAUUCCUAUCCCUCAGAGGAUGAUGACAAAAAAGAUGACAAGAAUUAA